AGCUUAAUAUUAACGAGAAAGUCGCUGAGAUCGAACAAGAAGAACCACCAAGAGAAAUUGAAUCACCAGUAAGCAAAGAAGAAAACACCCAAGAUCUUACUCCAGAACUAGGCGAAAUGGCAAAUGUGGCAGACGUAUUGAACGCCCAAACAGACAAUCAUAAAAAUGUAGAAAAUAGACUGUUAGUUCAAAUACAAGAGUUGACAAAAGUAAUUCAAAAACAAGAAGGUGAACGAGCAAAUAAUACUUUCCAUACAACAGCUCUUCUUACAAAACGUGAAUACCUGAUCGGGGAACAAAAAAGAACUCACGUCAAUGAAGCAGAUGGAUCUAUGGACACAAAACAUGAAGAGAAGGAAAAAGCGAAGGGAACUGUCGAAUUUUUAGUAGAAAAUGAAAUUAAUGAAAUCGAAGUGGGAGAAGAAGGAUCAAAAAAAGAUGAGUUGAAGCAGAUAAUUAUUCAAACUGAAGAACUUACCCAAGAAAUCCGAGACGAACCUCAACAAAAACAAAUUGGAAUUACCGAACAAUUAUUCCAGAUCUUAGGAUUAAAGCCUGUACAGUCAACACCGGUCUUGGAUAUCUAG